UGAGCGCACUGACACAGGCAGGUUAGUGGUAUAGUAUUAUUACAGUACAGUAUUAUGACUUUGACAGGUUUAAGAAACAUCAAUCUGACGAAUUAGUGGAUCCCAGCUUCUGAUUGGCUCUCUUGUUUUCUACUUACUCCUACCAACUUACUCAUUUCUCUACUUACUAUUUUAAAAUGUUUCUGUAACACGCUUUGAUGUACGGAAGCUUUGCUGUAGGCACAGACAGGGGGAGGGAGAGGAAGAGAAAGUUUUACACGUCUCUGUGUUUCCUGCAGCUUCAGUUCUGUUCACAUGGUUUCCCAAACCGUCUCCUUUUCCCUUUCUGAGAUUCUGUUUGGAGGCUUUUUCUGUAAUGGACAAAAUGGCUGUCUCUCUUCUGACUGUGUUCCUGCUGGCUGUCGUGACAAGGACAGACGCUUCUCCAGUGACGAAUAUAACUGCAAACCUGACCACAGAGGCAGCGUCAUCCUCCACUUCCUCACCUCCAUCUCAUCCUGUGAUCAACACUACCUGCCCUGUUCGACAGUGCCAAGCUGGCCCUGAGCUGGCAGCAUUCAAGAUAUCCACAGUGCUGCUCUGCGUCCUGCUGCUCCUGGCCUUUGGACCGAGGGCCUACAAGGCCAUCGUGAAGAGAAUGUCCGACCGCAGGAAGGACAGAUGGAUUGGACCCAUGCAGAGUCAAAGCGACACCAUGGAAUAGUUACCCCAUGUCUCUCCAUCUGUCUUUCAUGCUAUCUCUUGUCAUUCUUUCCACACCUCUCACUCUCUCGUUCUUUGUCCCUCUCAGUGUCUUUUCACAGAGCGCAGGCUGCAGUGCAUCCCAGUGACAAUGCACAGCAGCGGCAGUCAUGCCUUGAUGAGACUUACACUCACAAAAACACAUAAUGUGGCUACAGGCAUCCAUGGUGCAACCCUCUGAACCUGGCUUUUACGGAAGUUAAGAUUUGUGUAUGAUACCACUUGUUUCAAUCCCCUGAUGAAAUCCCUGUUCUGUGUUGGGUCUGGAUUUUCUUUAGAUUUUUCAGGAUUUGAACAUUUGAGGGUGAAUAAUAGUGCUUCCUCAAAGCAAAAUAGCACUCUGUGUCUCAUGCAGCUAAAUUCCGGUCCUUAUCACUUUCUUCCUUGGUGCAACAUCCAUGUCAUUCUUAAUGGUUGUAUAAUGCUUCAGGGUAUAUUGUGUAUUAUUCUUUGUAUUGCGUUCUGUGAUUGUGUUCUGUAAUGUUGUUUCUUCUUCAAUAAAUCUUUGAUUGGAA